AUUUAUGGCGUCUCCAGCGGAGAGGGAAGGACGGUUGGCAGUCCCUGCCGAUGCCCGACCAGGCGAAGGGAUCAAACUAGCCAAGGAACGGCGAGCAGGCCAGUUCUCAAGGCACCCAAUCUCUCAGCUCCAAGGACCCUUCGAGGAAUCAAUACAGGAAGCCACUGGCAUUGGGAAAGGUAGAUGGGUAGCCGAUUUUGAUGCUCAAUCUAGGCGCAAGAACCUCCUCGAAAGCCCCAAGUAUGAACGGCUUUGUGGCAGGAAAUGGCGCCAGAGGGCCGAUGAAAGAUAUCACCCUCUCUGGAAACUCAUCGCCCAGAUGUCCUUUGGGGUUCACCUACUAGUUGAAAAACUCGCCAAGUCGGACGUGGAGGUCUUGAAAAUCCUUCAGGUUCAUGUAGACGAGAUGGAUGGAUUCCUCAAGAGGACCUCGGAAGAUUUUCUUAUCAUCCAGAUUGACGUGCGCACGCGGAGUAAGUAUCUCAGCCUACCUCUUGAGAAUCUAAUGAUUUUCGAUGAGAUGCUGGAGGAGCGCAGUUUCCGUGGCUCUAUGAUCGAAUAUAAUGACAGGAUCGAACACGCCGUCGAUCGAUUCGCAACUGCGAUUGAGGAUUCCCUCAAAGACAUCCAGAAAGGUCGGGAGGCGGUUGGUGCGCUGUGGACAUAUCUUCAACAGUCAGCUGAAAAGCAUAGUCCGUUGCCUGUUCGACUACUGGCUGUCUACCACGCUAUGCUCGCGAACGCGGAGGGCUGGAACAUAGCACUUUCGAAUCUUCGUCGGAAGGGCGUCGCCCUGCAAUCGGCCCUUCUUCAGCUUGGCCUAGCCACAACGGAACUGCAGCGACGUGUGGGAGUGGCAAGUCGAAAAGCUGUUGUGUCCUACAUGCGAAGUACCAAUGGAUUGUCACGAAAGAAAUCACUACGGCAACGAUUUAUGGAAAGAGGCUCAUUCGUUAGCGCACCGGCCUCGACUCCGAACAAACCUCUUCCCCGUGCCCCAGACUGUCCGGCAACGGCGACCUUCUACCGGUCGACUGACCGUAAUAGGCUCACGCAGAAAAGUGUUCCGAAUCUCAGGGCGGCCAGGGAGAAUGACGAGCGUAAUGCGCACACGAAGCUACCCGACCGAGCCAAGUCUGUCAACGGUACUGCUGACGGCUUAGACUCGGAAGGCUUUGUGCUUAAACUUCGCCGUCUCUCCAGGUCCAAGCUCAGAACAAAGGAACUUACUAGCGAACAUCCUGAACCACUACCAGUGCGCCCUUCCACUGCACCGUCCAGGGAAUCGAAAGCUCGAAGUAUUUAUUUGGAACCACUGAAGUCCCUGCACAAAAGCAAAAGGGAACCAAGUCAGAAGGCCCAUACUUCGCUGGUGCCUGCUCAAACGGAACGCCCAGUUGCUCCUCAACCCUCUGCGAGACGAGAAACGAUGAGAAACCAAUUACUGCAGUAUUUCAAAUCCGACAAAGUGGUCGACGCUUGGGAACAUGAAACGCAGAAAGAGAGAAACAAUGCCGAGAAUUCCUCCCAGGCCAAGAAGGCCGGCCCUUGGAGCGAGUUUUGUGCAGAGUCGUCCAUCAAUGAUGAUGGCUGUCUACAGAUAAAAUCCGACAUGGUCGGAUCUGAUCUGAACAAUGACAUGGCAUGGCUCCACCAGGAUCUUGGUGCAAUGAACACUUAUUUCUUAAAGCCAAAAAGGGAUGUCGGACCCAGGAUCCAUGUCCUUUCGGUCCAGUUCAGCCUUGCGCAGGAUGAUAACGAAGUAGAAAACCAAGACACUGAUGCGGAGCUCGAUGACACAGCAGGGGAGACACAAUCGGUGAUAACAGCUCUUCCUUCCAUACCAGCUGCGCCGGUGAAUACGGAAGAGGUUCAUCCUCAUGCGCUCUAUCCUGCAUACAACCUCGAACAUCACUCUGAGCCUGCCAAAGUCUUCACCUGAUAAGAUUCUUGACAAGGUAUUCUCAUGCGGCUUCAAGCCUGCCAGGAAUGCCAUCAGAAAGUCCAAGCUCGGUGUCACCAGGCCUGAAGAUUCCCACGCACUGUGACUUUGGCAACUGAUCCGUUCGCGCGAUGAAACAAGGCAAGCUGCAAGUCCUUGUGCCUUUCGAGUUUGAAAUUAUUCUGUAAUACCCCGAAUGCGGAUACUAUUCUCCGUACGACGAAUUCUAGUUUCGGCCUUUUAAGUCACGCAACCAGAACGAAACGGCAGUGCAUAUCGAUCCAACGACAACAGGACAGACUGGAGUAUGUGUCUAUCUAUCCUCUGUUGUAUAUGCGGAUACAUAUGUUCGUGUUCACAUUGUAGUUAGGUGACUCUCCCGUGUCAGAACCUUGAGUACCUCAGCAGCUUUUCGGCCAUAGAAAUU